AUGCGCUCCGUCAACUACACAACUCUGAUGACCACUGGCAGCGAAGUCGCCAGCAACUACAGCUACCAGCUCCAGCCGCGGGUAGACGGGGACAUAGUUGCCGAUACUUACGAAGCACAAUUGUACCAGAAGAACUUCAAUUUAAGCGGUCCCGUUGUGAUCUCCCAUGAGCGCCACGAAGAAAACAGCCAGAGCUCCAGCUCUGUCACCAGCGCAGCAGAUAUUGCUGCCGAGCUGCAAAUGUACUUCCCCUCAAUCACGGACGAUGUGGUGGAAGAUGUCAUCAAACUUUAUCCUGCCUCGCAUAACGCGAAUGCAGGUUACCGUGUUUCCGACAUCCGUCAGGGCUUCGACAUGACCGGCAAGAAAUUGGCUCUGACUCAGGCGCUGCAUAAUGAGACGCGGAAUUCCUUUGUCAAUCUUGGGGAAGCUACUCAUGGUACGGAGCAGACUUAUUACUGGUGUAGUACUUAUAGUACUGUGCCGGCUAAUGGGUUGACUUCUUCUUCUUCCUCGUCGGCCAAUGUCACGGUUGCAUGCACCAUGCAAAAGUACCUCCUCUCCUUGAUCCUAACCGGCAAUCUCAACACCCUCUGGCCCAACGACAAGAUCUGCUGGCUGAAGUAUGGAAAUACGACGAACACUAUCAACUUCAAUACAACCAUAUCCAUUACUUUGGAUGAUCUUGCCAACGACAAGAGCCUCUUCUGGAAUAAGGCUUUGUGGUACUGA